CCGCUACAAUGUCAAACACUCACAGGCAGCGCGAGCUCAUGGCUUCCCCGCGCCACAAUGAGAAGCACCGCCGCGUCCUGCUGCUCAUCCUCUAAACGCUGAGCUCUGUCACCGUUUACCGGCGUAUUCCUGGACACGAUGCGUUUAAGCAGGUCUGUGUGAGUGUGUGAGCCAGGUCAGAGGUCAUGCUGAGGAGGGAAUCUGACUCCCACGGCCUGUUUUCCUCCAGAGAGACGUCUGACAAUGACUGUGAGAUGGGGGCGAGUUGUGGCGAGGUAGAUGUAGUGUGUCUGUGCGAGGCCGGUCCCUGUACACUUUAUUCAGAAGCACACACGCCUACGCCGGACACGCUCCUGUGUGAACACUGUGGAAAAAACAGAGUGAUGAUGACCAGGUACUCCGAGGGAUACGGCACAGAGGAAGAGUGCGUAUUGUCUGACCCGCAGGGGGAGAGCGAUGCAGAUGCUGAUAUAGAGGAUACAGACUGCAGACUCCAGGAGCCGGGUUCUCUCCAGCGAAUCAGCUCCCGGAGACGCAAGCGCCCGCGGGUAGCGCGGCAAGACACCACGGAGAGCGAAGACGACGGCGGGCGUAGCCACAGAUCACAUCGCUGGAACCUCAGGCUCAGUCCGGACAGAGCUCACAGCAGGACCAUACUGGAGGAGAGCAUAUCACAGGUCAGGCCGCUGGUCAUCUGCCGGCCAAACGUCGAGAGGCAAGAGAGUCCAGUCGAAGUUCCCCGAGGCUCCAGUCGUCUCACGUCUCUGUGGCCGCCUUCCCUCUCUCUCCCUUUCAUCCUCCUCCUCUCGCUGCCUCUCUCCCUCUCCCUCGUCAUCGUUAUCGUGUCUUUCUUUCUACCGCGGGCCAACGCUUGACCCAAAAGUUCAUGCCAUUCAAGAGCGUAGUUUUACUCCCCCCAAGUUCCCAAAAACUCAUACAAUGUAGUUAGUGGACAGCACACAAUGGAUACAAAGACAUGGUGCUUUACAAAGGAUAGCCGACUAACCUAAAGAUGUUUGAAUAGACCCUCUACAUUUUGAGUGAUGUUUUUUUCCCCACUCCCAGAAUAUAACACAUUUUGGAAGGAUUUUAAACAUCUCGACUUUUGGGGACAGUUUCCCUUUUGGGUUCCCACAGGUUCAACUAUUGGAGUUUUUUCACACUGCACUACUGUCUGACCAUUUACAUCCAGAAUCUGUUCAUGAUGAAAACCAGAUCAACUUGCUUUCGCCUCAUAAAAUCUCACCUUCCGUCUCACUUUCUCACCCCCUCGUUGGUAAAAAUAGACCUCUCGUCUCGCUCCUCAUUCUAACGAGCCACAGGAGUGAUACGUGGGGGAAAGGUUUCAGGGCUGCGCAGGUACACUCGAAAAGGAUUAUUACAGGCUCAACAGGAAAAUGCGAAAUAAAAAAAAAAAAGCUAAUGCUGCUGAACUAUGCAAUUCUUCUGUUCCUACCACGGCAUCUUAUCUGCUGUUAAAGAACGUCUCCCAUUUCCUUGGCACUGUCGUCACCUUCUUGGCCCUUUCCCUUUUCUCUAUUAGGAAUACACUUUAUGAAUGCAGGUACUUCUAAAAUAGAGCAUGACCUAAUUUAAAAAGCAAUAGCAGGAGAGAUCUGAUAUAGCUCCCGCCGCGUAUGAUCCGCAGUACAUCUGUUGGUUUAAUGAAUGGAGGACCUGUAUUAUUUUACUUGUUGCAGGCUGAUUUAAACAGCAGGUGGGUCCAUCUUUCUUCUUCUUCUUUUUCUUCUUCUACUUCUUCUUCUUCCUCUUCUCUGCUGCACUUGUGUAUGUUUUUAGUAAAAUAAGCCGACCUCAAAAUAAAAUGAGCUUUACUGGAACUUAAUUAUGUUAAAGCAGUUUAAACACAGUCUUACAUUUGAGACAUUACGGUCAUGUUUAAUAAUGUUUAUGUUGUGUUUAUAUUUAUGAAUUAUUAUCUAAGAAGAAACGUGAGCUUGAUAAUCAGUCAUGCUACUUCUUCCAAGCUGAAAUAAUUGGGAAAAAAAGCCAUGCUGUGGCUUUUCUGUGCUGUAUUUGUGACGUUAUGUUGUUUUUGUAUGUUUUUUUGAAGUUACGAUUAGUUCUUUCACACCCCACAGGAGUUGCUUGUAGAGAAUGUGCUUUUCAAAAUAAGAUCAGGUUGUACUGUAUGAGCCAAUUUGAUUCAUGUUUAUUAACUUUUUUCUCUUCCAGCCUGUUGUAUUACUUGUCUUAAAUAUUACAUUUGCUUUCCAUGUGUAUGUUUCACCUCUGUUUCAUGGGGCCAUAGAAGUUCAAUAAAACUAGAUUGUAUUUUGACAAAAAAAA